AUAAAUGUCUCGGCGAUCUGCUAGUAAGCCUUGGCUGUGAAAUUGUAAACACACGUGGUUUGUGGGUCUUGUCUAUCCCUACCCCCGCACUCUAUGGUAACUUCCGCCUGACGUCAUCAUUCCGCGCAUGUCCCCGGAGGCCUGCCGUCUCCUAGCAACCAGAAUCUAAACCAGACCAACGCCAACAUGGCCAAAGCAACAACUAUUAAAGAAGCAUUAGCCAAAUGGGAAGAAAAGACCGCACAGAAAGCAGCCGAAGCCAAAGAAGUCAAGUUAUACGCUCAGAUACCACCAAUCGAGAAGAUGGAUGCAUCCCUGUCCACUUUGGUGAACUGCGAGAAGUUGUCUCUUUCCACAAACUGCAUAGAGAAAAUUGCAAACCUCAAUGGACUAAAAAAUCUUAGGAUCUUGUCUUUAGGGAGAAAUAACAUCAAGAAUUUGAACGGUUUGGAAGCAGUUGGCGAUACUCUAGAAGAAUUAUGGAUCUCCUAUAAUCUGAUUGAGAAGUUAAAAGGGAUUAAUGUUAUGAAAAAACUCAAAGUUCUCUACAUGUCAAACAACUCCGUCAAAGACUGGGCGGAGUUUGUGAAGCUGGCCGACCUGCCGUCACUGGAAGAUCUUGUAUUUAUGGGGAAUCCAUUAGAGGAGAAGUACACUGCAGAUGGCAACUGGCUGGAGGAGGCUACAAAACGUCUUCCAAAACUGAAGAAACUUGAUGGAAAUCCAGUCAUUAAACAAGAGGAAGAAGAGGGAGAUGGAGAUGCGUAAUAUUUUGUAUACUUUUAAGUUAUUUCGAUAGCUAUAGAAAAGACUGUCACUUUUUAUAAAUGUUAUUUGUACAUAUAAAGUUUUUUGCAUUUCCCUAAAAGUAUUUUUAUGAAACAUCAUAAUAAUCAUAAAUGUAUUAUAUAAAGUGAAUUAAGUUAGCACAA